CCCUCAGGUCAGAACAAUACCAACACCAUGUCAGCUCAGAAAGUCGUUCUCGUCACCGGCGCCACUAAUGGCAUUGGUUACGAAACGGUCAAAGCAUUCCUACAGUCCCCGAAUAGUUACCACAUAUACCUCGGCAGCCGAUCCUUAGAGAAAGGCAACGCUGUCCUCGAGAAGCUCCGGUCCGAAUGUCCGGGAACCAGUAAUACUGUGGAAGUGCUCCAAAUCGACCUAUACAGCGACGAAUCCAUAGAGAAAGCUUUCGAGACCGUCAAAAGCGGGCAAGGGCGUCUCGACGUUCUCAUCAACAAUGCCGGCGGCGGUUUCGACAAGGAAUUCACACAAGGCAAAAUGUCUCUCCGGGAAUGCUUCACGAAAGCCUACGACCUCAACGUCGCGGGUACCAACGUCGUGACAUGGACCUUCACCCCCUUACUCCUGAAGUCCUCUACUACCCCGCGGAUCCUGUUCCUCGCGGGUCUAUCGCAGAUGACGCAAGCCGCAGAGUCGUAUUUCCCCACGCCGCCACAGCCCGCGGGAUGGCCGAAGACCAUCGACUUUGAAACUAUCGGGUAUCGCUGCAGUAAGACCGCCUUGAGUAUGCUCAUGCUCGACUGGGACCAUAAGCUCCGGGCGGACGGGAUCAAGGUCUUCAGCGUCUCCCCGGGGUUCUGCGCCACGGGACUGGGGGAUCUCGGCGAAGAUGUCAUGGCGGCCAUGGGGGCUGUGCAUCCGAGUGAAGGCGCGCGCAGGCUUGUUAGUGUUGCGGAGGGAAGCAGGGAUGCGGAUUCUGGGAAGAUUCUGGAUAAAGUUGGGUUUCUUCCGUGGUAGAAGGUAAUUAGUUGAUUUUGAUUCAUCUAAUAAUGUACCUUUUCUGCCUUCUCAAAGGAAAAAGAGUUAUAAAAAGAGAGAGAAAAAAUCGAGAAUUGCCCCUAUUUAGGACCCAAACGCAGCGCAUCACCAAACGCAUGACUUUCCCCCCUUCUAUCCUCAAUACUAAAAAACAACAGACUCACACCAACACAACACCUCAACCUAGACCAACCAACGAAAUUUCAAAACCACUCACAUCCAGCUCGACAAACAACCCUCAUCUUCCUAUCCCAACAGCAUCAAUUAUUGCCAAGCCUAGCCUCGCAAAAACAGCUCAGACAACAUACUCACCACCAUAAUCCUGCUCCGGCAACUAUAUUUCCAACACUAUCCCGGUAUUAUCAGCAACUAAGUUCAUGAGAACUACAAAUGCCCAGGGUGCAACGGACCUUUCAACCUCUAUUCCAUUUCAACCAGCUUGACGGAUCUGUGGUUAAGAAACGUGUUGUGAACAAAGCCCAUGAGUAUUAGAUAGUACCGUCAUACGUAAUUUACAAGAUUCUCUGAUUGACAUGCAUUUACUAGUCUCUGAUGAAA